AUGACUGCUCGAAUCCCCGACCCAAGUGAAAAAGACUUAUUUUUGGGUUCCCUGUGUUGUCUCGUUCUUCCGCUGGCACCAAUGGUCGCGGGCUCUAAGAACCAGAUCAAAUCCAAAAUGGAGUUCGAAGAGCUGAAGGUUGAGGUCCCGAUAGAUGAAGAUUUAGAGGACGAAACCCUCCCUCAGCUUCCGGAAAAAAGAUACGAGAACAAAGGCGGUAGUUUUGUUAUUGGGUUUGACGUCGACUCAAAGGAAGCCAUAGAGAAGCGUAACAGGAGAGCAAAGAGAUUUGGCGUUCAAAAUGCAGGCCAAGAAAUCGAAGAUAGUAAGACAGAAGGCACAGGACCUGUAAGAAUUCCUAAAGAUCUGCCCAAGAUCCCAACAGGUGACAUCCGCCCAGAUGCACUGCUUGUUUUUGGUGUAAAUGAAAUGAGCACAAAAGACGUGUUUGAAUACUUCAAGGUUUAUGGCCCUGGGUCGAUUGAAUGGAUUGAUGAUGCUUCGUGUAAUGUAGUAUGGGACGAUGAGCACACGGCCAAGAGAGCACUUUUGGAAAUGUCUAGAAAACCUGAGGGUGAGCCAGAAGAUGAUAAGAUAAUAUGGCGGGCUGGGCCCCCUUGUGACAAGGCCAAAGAUGGACUGGUCAUGAGGUUUGCCACCAAAAAGGACAAAAAGCAGCCUGAUGCAGCCAAGCGGAGUAUGUACUACCUGGUACAUGGUUACCCUGGGCAACAAGGGAAAAAAGGGCUGGUUAGCAAGUCAAGAAAACGCAAGAUUCUGCAAGAGCAGGAACGCGUGAGGCACAAAUACUCAGGUGAACCAGAUGUGCAGUUUGUGGAAGAAAUGGAACUGGACGAACCAGAGAAAAUGGAGACAGAUGAGCCAGCCAUUAAAGUGAUCGUGAAAAACGACCGCUCGACCGAUAAAGUGAAAAGUGAUGUACCUGCGAGACUUCGCAUGCGGAUGUACGCGGAUGAUAUACGGGGAAAGGACGAGGGCGAUGGCGACGACGAUGAGGAUGAUGGUGAUAGGGACUUUAAGAGGGAUAGGAAACUCAGAGCAGCCGACAGACUAGGAGCACCAGAACAGGAGAAAGAAGCUGUCGAGAAAAACGACGAAAAGAAGGAGAAAGAGCAACAGAAAAAAGAGGAUGGUACCUCGGACAAGGCUCCAUCUCCUAAAGGAAUCGAUCUCAGAGCCAAACUUAAAAGUCGCCGGCGUCACGGCUUUGAUUUUAUCAACAGACCGUCACUUUCUAUCGAAAUCAGAGAGGAGAAUUCUUAAAGUCUACAGGAUUUUAUUGUAAAAAAAAAACUGCUUUCUAUCAAGAUUAGAUAGGAGGGAUUGUAGGGCUAUACGCGAUUUUAUCUACACACUUUCAUUUUUUAGCGGAGCUCCUACGAUGCCGCGCGAGCACCAAAGUUAAACAGGCAGCAAGUGGCAUUACGCAUGGUGCUCCAUAUUCUUCGAUGUGAGCGUCGUCACAUUACUUGGCAUUGUUUGUGUCGCUUGGACACUAGAUGUGAUAGGAAAUGACUGGAUUCUUUCUCGCGAAGGCAUCAAAGUCUGAACGACUUUUAAAAGAUUGCUUCAAGGUGAUGUUUCUGUCAAGAAUAAGGAACCGAUCUCAGAGCCAAACCAGACCCGAAAUGCAGGUUGUGUUAUACAGCUAUUUAUACCUGUUUAUGAAAGUUAAACCUUGCGUCAUGUUU